UUCUGGGCCAGUUUCUCUGGCGUUAGAGUUGCUGUUGGCUGGAUCGUUAGCUCGAUCGUCAGCUCGGAGACUGUGGAAAUAGCGAUCUAGGAUCUGCUGCGUUGUGUCGCGCCCUCAAGUCGUGGAUCUCCGUCCGGAAAAAGAGUUUCGGUCUGUCCGGAGAUCGGUUCGUGUCCGAAAUUGCUGGAGCAGAAGAAAGAGCGAGAGAUGGGUGCGUGCUUAUCGACUGAGAAACUGCCUGAGAACUUUUUCAUCGUUCGAAACAUCCACGACGAAAAUCGAAAGUUCCCAAAAGGGUUAAUCGAAGUGACCCAAGUGGAGCUGAAAUACAAGGAUACUCAGUCCGGAGAUGAGUGGGUGUGGCCUCUGAAAUACCUCAGGAAGUACGGCUGCGAUAGGGACAUAUUUUCAUUUGAGGCAGGAAGAAAGUGUCCCGGGGGUGAAGGGUUAUAUGCCUUCUCCACUAAGAAAGCGUCACAGCUGUUCGACAUGGUGGCUCGAAACAUCAGCGACGGAGGGUUGGAGCGGGACGAAGUGGGCGUGUUGUCCCCACAAGAUACAAGUCAAGGGGUGUCCCCUCCAAUUAUGACGUCGCCGAGUGUCAUAUCGACCCCCAAUCCUCCUCCUCCUCCUCCAGCAAUGAACCCUCCCUCUCAUCUCCCUCCCUCCGCGACACCGCGGCAGCCGGAAUACACAAACAUAAGCUAUCACGACGGCCAGCAAGCUGUCGCGUUGGCUGCCACUACAAACGGCCAUGCUGCCUCCACACCCCCUCCCCAUCUCCCCGCCCUACAAAGGGACCGUCUGCCUACUGAUCAAGAAACGCCCUCCCCUCCCCUCAAGCUAAACUACAUGGAAGUUGAAGUAUCCAGAUCUUCACUCGAUAUCGAGGGCAAAGAAACGGAAAAACGGGUGUCGUAUUCCGAGAUCGAUAUAAAACAGACGGAGGAAUACAAGCAGAAGAAGGCGCUGGAACAAGCUAUGAACCAACGGCCCCUCCCCAACAUAGGGACCGGGGAGUUUAAAAUCGUGACCCCCUCGGACGGAGGGCGGAAAUCCUCCCGACCCCCUUCUGCUUCGUCCACCGGCUCCGCUGUCACGCCCCUUUCUACCGCUGCACAGCGCUCAAUGUCAGAAGGAAAUUUCUCGUUCCCCUCUCACCAAAAGGGGAGCAAUGGUGUGAUUCCCGGUCGCCCGCAUUCCAAUUCUUCGUCGGCAGUUAUGGAUGCCGGCGGUGCUCCCACGCUGCUCUACCAGAACAUCGCCAUGUCCCGGUCAAACGUGGCUCCUCAGACUAUUCCGGAAGAUUCCGAAACUGUACUCCACUUGUCUCCAGCUCCCCAUGGGCAGCCCAACUACAUGAACAUAAAGCCCAACUCUGCACUCGGCAGUAGCGGAGGUGGACGUCGGGGCACAGACCCAGCAAUGUACCACCGGGAGCCGAGACUUGGAUUGAUGCGUCACGGUUCCGACACGCAAGCCACCUACCAGAACCUCCAGGUCGGGAUGGGCGCCACGUCGCCACCGAGGGUGUCAGAAUCCUCCUCGUACCUCUCUGCUUCGCCUCCGCGAGUGGGCGGACCCAAAAUGGGCAUCUAUGCCCAGUUGGAUCUUAGCGGGCAUGCUACGAGCACCCCGAAAGGGAAGGGAGGGGACGGACACGAGCGGAAAAGGAGCAGCGAGGACGAGGAAAGUCACAUGACCCUCAAUUUCUCCGGAGUGUCUCUGCCUCCUAACAAGACCCCUGAGCCGAUGGAGACCUCCUGCACGAGGCACUCUCCUCCUCCAACUCAGAUUCAACUUCCCGAAGAGCGGCGCUCCUCGGCGGAAGUUUCUCGUCCGGGCGCCGCAGCUGUGAUUCAGGAUCGUCCCGAAGACAGUACGACUGUAAAUUACUCCACCAUGAACUUUGACGCCAUAAGAGGCCUCCAGUUAACCAGGGAGCAGAGGGAACAAGAGAUAAGAGAGAGACUGGAAGAGGAAGCGAGAGAAAAGGAGAGGAAGGAGAAAGAAGAAGCCGAAAACCCCGGGAAGAAGAAGAAGAACAAGAAGAAGAAGAAGGACAGGCGCAACAGCCAUCAGUAG